AUGGCGUCCGUCCUCUGCUACUUCCACUUGGAAAUUGCCCUAGCAACGCACAAUUUCUCUGAUACGUGUAUGAUUGGACAGGGAGGCUUCGGCAAAGUUUACAAGGGAAUGUUAGGUGGUAAGGAAAUUGCUGCGAAGAGACUAAGUAUGGAUUCUCUACAAGGAAUAAAAGAAUUCAGAAACGAAGUAAUUCUGAUUGCAAAAUUGCAACAUAGAAACUUGGUUCAACUUCUUGGAUACUGUGUUGAGGGAGCUGAAAUGUUGCUGAUAUAUGAGUAUCUUCCUAACAUGAGCUUAGAUGCUACCCUUUUCGAUGAUUUGAAAAGAACAAUGUUGGAUUGGGAAACACGGUUUAGUAUAAUCAAAGGAGUUGCAAGGGGACUUCUUUACCUCCACCAAGAUUCAAGAUUGACCAUAAUCCACAGAGAUCUCAAAGCUGCAAACGUUCUACUAGAUGCAGAAAUGAAACCGAAGAUAGCGGAUUUUGGUAUGGCGAGGAUCUUCAGGGAUAACCAACAAAAUGCAAAUACACAACGCGUUGUUGGGACAUAUGGCUACAUGGCUCCUGAGUAUGCAAUGGAUGGUGUCUUCUCUACCAAGUCUGACGUCUACAGUUUUGGUGUGUUACUACUAGAGGUUGUAACUGGUAUAAGAAGAAGCUCUAGUGGUCAAAUCAUGGGAUUCUCAAACCUCAUAGUCUAUUCAUGGAAUAUGUGGAAGGAAGGGAAGACAAAAGUAUUGGCAGACUCAUCUAUCAUGGAUACUUGUUCAGAGGAUGAAGUUUUGCUUUGCAUCCAUUUGGCACUCUUGUGUGUCCAGGAGAACCCUGAUGACAGACCGCAUAUGUCAUCUGUUGUGUUCGUCCUAGAGAACGGAAGCAUUGCACUUUCAACCCCCGAACCCCCCACCAACUUUGCACGGCGCAACACUGAAAUGGAGCAAGUUGAGGUUCAUGGAGCUCCACCAAAGAUCGUAGGUCAUGAUGAAGGCAGUAGCCUGAAGAAGUUGAUCAUCGUCAUCCUCGACCUCGUGGUCUGGAUCUUGUAUUUGAUGUGGUCAUAA